GGUUAUUUUGUCAGUCUAAAUAUCAUUUGCUGUUUGUGCCCCUGAGUGGUCGCCCUUGGCUUGAUCCCUGUAGAUUUUCACGCAAAAAUGCGUCAGGAUAUUCACAUACCACGCAUGCAUUAUGAAGUUCUUUCUAAAUCAACUUUUAUCUAAUUGUUAUAGCUAAUUUAAACUUUAAGUGCUUCAGACACAAUCAGAGAAAGUUAGGUUUACGUUAGUCUCAUUUAUUUAGCACAGCCUUUGCCCCCACUAAACUUUUCUUUUAAUCUUUCCAAAAUGCCGCUGAACAUGGCUGGAUGCACCACAGACUGCGUGGAGAAGCCGAUCUCCAUCUGCUUCCAGAAGUUCGGUCACUUUGUGGGAACUCACCCGUGGUGGUUCUUCAUCUCUCCUCUGCUCAUCUCUGCGGUGUUGGGGAGCGGGUUUUAUUUCUUAGAAGAUCGCGAGGCCAAUGACAUUGAGGAUCAGUUCACACCUGUGAACGGUCCUGCCAAACUGGAGAGGCAGUUCGUGCAGCAGAACUUUCCACAGAACGACUCGGUGUUCUCCAACCAGAGACUCUACACGGAUGGAGUUUACGCGUCCUUCAUAGCGGUAUCGAGAUCCUCCAACAUCCUCACAGACGCUGCCUUUCAGGAGAUAGUAACCUUACACAGGAAGGUCAAGGGGCUGAAUGUGUCCAUGGGUCACGACGUGCUCACUUUUGAGGGACUUUGCGCAAGACGAUACAAGAAAUGCAUACCCAAUAAGAUUUUGGACAUUUACAAAUAUUAUGGUAAUAAUUUAGAAACGACCGAGCUCACCUUUCCCUUCUUUCGUUUUGGAUUCUCGUACAUCUUCCUGGGCUAUUCGGUUGGUGGAGUGAAUAUAAACUCUUCUGUUAUUAAAAGUGCAAAAGCAGUGCGCCUGUUUUAUUUCCUAAAGGAGGAUAAUCGCUCCAGAACAGAUUUAUGGCUGAAUGAAUUCCUGAAGGUUUUUCCCUCUAAUUUAUCACUAAACCUCAUUAAGGUCACCUAUUCCACAUCUUUGUCAAGGCAGGUGGAAUUUGAGGCAAACACAAAGGAUGUGAUUCCUCUCUUCUCCAUCACAUAUGUCAUUGCCAUCGGCUUCUCCAUUCUCUCUUGUUUGAGGUUUGAUUGUGUCAGAAACAAAGCAUGGGUUGCUACAUUUGGGGUGUUCUCUGCUGGACUCGCUGUACUGUCCUCUUUUGGGAUGAUGUUACACAUUGGUGUCCCAUUUGUCAUGACAGUUGCUAACUCUCCAUUCCUGAUAUUAGGGAUCGGAGUGGACGACAUGUUCAUUCUCAUUUCCUGUUGGCAGCAGACCAGUGUUCACGAUCGAGUGGAAACUCGCCUGUCUAAUACAUACAAAGAGGCGGCCAUUUCAAUCACCAUCACCACGCUCACAGACGUGUUCGCUUUCUACAUCGGCCUCAUGACGCCCUUCCGCUCAGUCCGCUCUUUCUGCUUGUACACCAGCACCUCCAUCCUUUUCUGCUACAUCUACAGCAUCACAUUUUUCGGAGCGUUCCUCGUUCUUAACGGACGGCGAGAAAACAGUAACAAGCACUGGUUGACAUGCAAGGAAGUACCAGAGGAGUGUCCAGUGAGUCAGUCCAAACUGUAUGAAUUAUGUUGCGUUGGAGGCGCUUACGAUCCCCAUACUGGCAGAGAGGAGGUACAACCGAUGAAUCGCUUCUUUAAAAAAUACUACGGCCCGUUUCUGAUGAAAUCGUGGACGAAGGUCUUUGUGAUUGUGUUGUAUUGCAUCUAUUUGAUUAUCAGCAUUUAUGGCUGCUUUCAAAUUCAAGAAGGAAUUGAUCUCCGUAAUUUAGCAGCUGAUGAUUCUUACGUGGUGAAAUACUAUGACAACGAGAAGGAGUAUUUCUCAGAAUAUGGUCCAAACAUCAUGGUUGUCAUCCGACGGGAAUUUCCGUACUGGGAUGCAAAGUACAUGUCAGAUCUCGAAACUUGCAUUGAAGAUUUCAAAAACUUAUCUUUCAUCGAAAAGGAUAUAUUCACCUCCUGGAUCAAAUCCUACAAGUACUAUGGCUAUCACACCAAACUCAAUCUGAGCACUGAAGACUUCUUCAAAGAUAACUUGGAAACCUUUCUGCGAUUGUAUUCUGAUUUUAAACAGGAUGUCAAUUUCACCAACAACUCCAUCUACGCAUCUCGCUUCUUCAUACAGACGGUAAAUAUCUCUACUGCACUGGAUGAGAUGAAUAUGUUGAAUAACUUAAGAGAGACAGCUCAAAAGUGCCCUGUUCCUUUACUAGUGUACCACCCCGCCUUCAUCUACCAUGACCAGUAUGCGGUGAUAGUCAGCAACACCAUCCAGAACAUUGGGGUCACAACGGCUGUAAUGUUGCUUAUAUCCCUUCUCCUCAUCCCAAACCCUCUGUGUUCCCUUUGGGUCACGUUUUCCAUUGCAUCUGUCAUUGUUGGGGUCACUGGGUUUAUGGCACUGUGGGAUGUUAAUUUAGACACCAUCUCCAUGAUCAUUCUUGUCGUCUGCAUUGGUUUUUCUGUAGACUUCUCUGCUCAUAUAUCUUACGCCUUUGUCUCUAAUAAGAAACCCAGUGCAAAUGAAAAGGCCGUGGAAGCCUUGUUUAGUUUAGGAUACCCUAUUUUGCAGGGGGCUGUGUCUACUAUUCUUGGGGUGGUGGUGUUGUCAGCUUCUAAGAACUAUAUCUUUAGAACUUUCUUUAAAAUUAUGUUCUUGGUGAUCUUCUUUGGUCUCUUUCAUGGCUUAACUUUUAUCCCAGUUUUUCUGACCUUCUUUGACAUGUGCAGUGGCACACCAGCUAAGAACAAGUCAGGCCCAGAACAGCAGGACGUGAAGAACAGCUACACCAACAACAUUCAAUCAAAGGAUGGUGAGCUGAAAGAGCGGGAAAUUUAUGACAAUCACAUUUUUCAACCAGACAACCACCGCACAUGUCAGUCUCAGCCCUGCUCUGCUAUUUGGAUGAUAACCGGCAAUAACCAUCAUGUUCAAGAUAACCAUAUGUGUAUGGCAAGCACUAUCCCAAUGUUCAAGGUUGACAGUCACACUUAUGAGGUUCACAUGUAUACACCAUCUGAUGACGGCAUGUUAAGAGUCACAUGUCCAUCAAAAAUUGUGUUUUAAGAAAUAGCAACCACGUUUAUGAUUCAAAUGUGCCCACUCCUAACUGAACUGAUUUGUAAAUUUUGUAAAAUCCUUUUACUUCUAUUUCUUCCUAGUAUAUUCUGUUUGUAUGUGUAACAUAUUUUAUAUGUUACAAAGAAAAUUACAGAUGCAAAUCUAAAUUGACAGGAAUGCAACAUGACACUUGAUACAUCUGGGCCAAUUAUUUUUAUCGAACUUUUUAUGGGUUUCAGGAUGUAGCCGCCCAGUUAGCUCAGGUACUGUUAAGAGAUAAAACUUUUAAGAAUGCAUUAGUAAAUGUUGAAAUAAAAAUUAAUUUAUUCAUUGCUUUAGUAGUAUUGUGUAUUGAAUCCUUUUGCUGUAUUAUCUGUUGGCAAUUUGAUAUGCAGUUUUCAUAUGCUACAAUUUGCCCACCCAGUUUUAUGUAGGCCCAUCCACUUAAAAAUGUAGUUAUAAAUAUAAAGUACAAAUACUGUGUUGCUUUCUUAGAUUUUGUGAAAUAACAAACUAAUUGAAUGUACAUAUGUAACCAUACUUUUCUCUGUAUUUAUUAGAGGUUUGCAAUGUUUUCUUAUAGACUGAUGAUUGUGUAAAAGCCUAUUAAAGACAUAUACAAAUUGAUAUAAACUGCUAUAAAAUUAUUCUUGCCUUUUAUUUUUUCACUGUUUAAAAACACAAAAACACAUUCCCUUUGCUA